AUAUAAUGUGGUUAUAAGUAACUAGUUCAUGAAAUAAGUUUUUUUUUUUUUUUUUUUUUUUUUUUUUUUUUUUUUUUUUUUUUUUUUUUUUUUUUUUUAGGAAAUCAUGAAAUAAGUUUAUAAGGAUAACAUGAUUACUUUCUUACACAGAUUUUAAUUUUAUUCUAGGAAAGACAACAAUUUUGUCAAUGACCUGGUAGAUUUACUUGGCCAUCAAGUAUAUGGAUAAUUCUUUCUUUUUUUUUCUUUUUUUUUUUGGUAAAGGGAUAAUCCAUUACUUGCCCUUCAAGUAUAUAAAUAAUCCGUUACUCCGCUGCUUAAUAUAUUUCACCAAAUAGAAGUUAGUACCUCCUCCACGAUCAAUUCUCUUCCCUUACCCAAAUCCUUGACCAACCGAAAAUAUGGCGAAGCACGAGAGCAGCAGGAGCAGUCGUAGAAGAGGACGCCGGCAAUUCAAGGACAAUUCUGACUCAGCAAACUCUGACUAUGAUACGUCAGAAUCCUUUGAAGAGGCUGGUUACAGCAGGAAAAGAAAGAGGAAUAUUUCGGAGGAAGAGUUUAAGGAGUACCUCACGAAGAAGGUGCAGAGAAAGGCUGUGAGUGUGGCGAAGAAGUUCAAGAGUCAGACAAUCAAUGAGCAGUUUGUGUGGAAGAAGAAGAUCGAGAGAGAUGUGAUGGUGCGAGGUUUUAAGACGAUAAUAGAUGAUCUCACCGUUAAAGCCGAGAAGAAGAGGCAGAAAGAAUUGAUGGCUGAGGUUCAGAAGAUGCAGAAGAGGAGAGAAGAGAGAGCGCAGGAGAAGGCGCGGAGAGACGAGGAAAUUGUGAUGUUGCAGAGAGAAAGAGAUAGGGCUGAAUUUUGUAACUUGGAGAUGAAAGAAAGAGAGUUUCUUUUUGAACAGUAUAAAAUAAGGUCUAGGGUCCGGCUGCGCGAAAGGAGACCGAAGCCAAUUGAUAUUCUUAUUGUGUAUCUUGAUGAGUCUGAUAAAUUUGAUGUCAGGGAGUUGGAUGAGCCGCCUUACAUGGUUUUCAAGGGCUUAAGUACUGUUAAAGAAUUUCAGGAGUUAAUUGAUGAUAUUAAACUGCAUCUUGAUCUUGACAGGGCGUCUACAUCGUCGGCUCAUGCGGAAUAUUGGGAGGCAUUGUUGGUGGUUUGCGAGUGGGAGUUGGCUGAAAUUAGGAAAAAAGAGGCAAUUGAUCAUCGAGUUGGACUCAGUGGUAUGCAUACGAAUGUUGAAAAAGACGUCAUAAACUACUUGGAAGGCAAGAGUUACAAAGAUUUGGUAGCACUUUUAACACAAAUUGAGUCAUUGAUGCUUACUGGAAGAGCGAUGGUGGUUGAGUAUUGGGAAGCUGUCCUUAAACAGCUUCACUUUUACAAGGCUAAGGCUUGUCUUAAUGAAAUUCAUACGAGUAGAAAUUUGCGCCGCCUUGAAGUACAGCAGGCUCUCCAAGAGAAAAACAUUCAACCUGUGGAGGGAAUCGAGGAAGAAGUUGAAGAUGCUCGGGAUGGUCCAUAUUCUCCUCGGCUCUUACAUGGUGAAGAUAAUGAGGAAGCAAUUGAUCCUGAUGAGGAUAGGGUAGUUUUGGAGAAGCGCUUGGGUGUUUUGGUUGAACAUAAAAGGUGGUUGAAAGAAGCAGGAAUGGCUUUAGAACCGCGUUCAAAGCCAGAGGAGGGUGACUUUGAGGUCAUGGCAAAGAAAGGAAGUAUGGGAGCCAUGGAGGAAGGUGACGUGGUUGUAGGUUCCGAUGCUGUAGUGAAUCUGGAUUCACAGGUGUAUGAUUGGCAUGACAUGUACCGCCCAAGAAAGCCCAAGUAUUUCAAUUAUGUUCAUACAAGUUAUGAAUGGAACAAGUUUAACCGGACACAUUACAGCCGUGAUAACCCUCCUCCCAAGUUUGUUCAAGGCUACAAGUUUAACGUAUUCUACCCACAUCUUAUCGACAGUUCUAAGGUUCCCAAGCCACUUGUUGAGAAAGAUGGGGACUCCACUGAGACUUGUAUUAUUAGAUUUCAAGCCGGGCCUCCUUAUGAAGACCUAACAUUCCGAAUUGUGCUUAAUGAGUGGGAGCUUUCCUGCAAAAGGGGUUUCAAAUGUACCUUUGAACAAGGCAUAUUACGUUUGUAUUUUAACUUCAAGCGGUAUGGUUAUCGACGAUAAGAAUGUAUUUGCUCCCAGUCACUCUGAACAUCCAAUUUUUCAGAAUCAUCUCCGCAUCUUCCUGAGUAUUUUCAGACUGUUAUAGAUGCAAUUGCUGUCAGAAUUGUAUCUACAAAUUUAGUAUGUAGUAUUAUGUUUUCAGAAUUAUAUAAAUUAUGAAUUUGAUGAUAUUUAAGAUGACUAUAUAUCCUUAAAAGUUUAUUAUUAUACCCUGCCUUAAGUGCCUUCGGUACACUAUAUUUGUGCACUGUGGUCGUCGAUGUCUAUGAUAUUAGCUGCCAGACAAAAGUUCGUUCCAUUGUCAUCCUCGGACAAGUCACUAUUGCUAGAGGCAAUUGUUGUAUAGGCAGUCUGCUGCUACAAUAGUGAUGCAGGGAUGUGUAAUACUUAUGUUGGCAUGUCUAUUGGAUUUACUCUCAGCUUUGUGAUGUUGCCAUUGUAAUUGUCAUUGCUACUAAUUGCUCGUGCUACU